AGAUGACGACACGCUGAUCACGUUUAACUAAGUGUUUCCAAAACGAAACAGCCAAUAACUUCAGUAACAAUCCCUCGUCGGUCUUUUACAUACUCAAUUCAGAUAUAUUCCAACACGGCGACGUGUAUUGAACCCCGGAGAGAGAGGAAGAGCAUCGAUUAACACAGUUAUUCACCUUUUAACGCGGAAGAGAGCUAGCCGGUGUGCUAUCGGAGCUAGCCGUCAUUAACAACAACAGACUCCUCCAAACUGCUCCGUCUGCUCGGUUACCUGACGUCUGACAGCAUGGAGAAUAAAUACAACCUCAAGAGUCCCGCGGUAAAGAGACUGAUGAAAGAGGCUGCUGAACUGAGGGAUCCCACUGAGCACUACCACGCCCAGCCGUUGGAAGAUAAUCUGUUUGAGUGGCACUUCUCCGUACGUGGGCCUCCAGAUUCAGAUUUUGAUGGUGGGGUUUACCACGGCAGGAUCAUACUUCCCCCAGAGUACCCCAUGAAGCCCCCCAGCAUCAUCCUCCUCACACCAAAUGGAAGAUUCGAAGUUGGGAAGAAGAUUUGUUUGAGCAUCUCUGGCCACCACCCCGAGACCUGGCAGCCAUCUUGGAGUAUCCGAACGGCCCUAAUUGCUAUAAUCGGAUUCAUGCCAACAAAAGGAGAGGGUGCAAUAGGAUCUCUUGAUUAUACCCCAGAAGAGAGAAGAGCCCUUGCCAAAAAAUCUCUGGACUUCGGCUGUGAAUCGUGCAGCUGCUCCAUGCGGUCUGCCCUGCUGCCCCUGACUCCCAACAGCAACCCCAGCGCCGAGGACGACACGGCUAAAGAACUGGCUCAGCAAAUCAGCUUCAAGGCAGAAUCCAGCGUAGCCAGACCGUCUAGUCCAGAUGGGGGAGCAGGAAGUGAAGCUCCACCAACCCCCGAGGGAGACGCCUCCACCUCCACCUCCACCUCCACCUCCACCUCCACGCCUGAAGAGCAGGAAGCUGCUGAACGGCCCCAGGUUGAACAGGCAGAUCCAUUGUCCGCACCAGAAUUAGAGGAACCCCAGACACCGACCGACGUCCCCCCCAACCGGCCCCUCAGCCCCCGGCAGCGCCGUGCGCAGCAGCGCAGCCAGCAGGGCCCCCGAGACGGCCGAGAGGCGGCGGCCAGCAGAGCUGCCUUCACCCCGGCUCCCCGCCGUCUCCAGGACAACAGCCACGCGGCCUCGGCACUCCUCAUCGUGGUGCUCACGCUGGCUCUGGCCGCACUCAUCUUCCGCAGGAUCUAUAUGACUAAUGAAUACAAGUUCAACUACGACUUCUGACGUGACUCCCUCCUGCUAUCAGCCCUCCAGAGCUGUGAUCAGAUGAAGUGGAACCAAAGCCGAGGCCGAGCUAACACUGACUUUCUGGCCUCACUGCUCAGCAGAAAAGGGUUGAGCUUGAACUGAGGGAGAACUUUCAUUCCUGCAGAGGAUGCGCUCCACUCACCACAACACCUCCAGGGUGUCCUUUAAUCAAUGUGAAUUUUACUCCCCAGAGCACCGUGUAUUUUAAAAACUGGAAACUUUUAUUUUGUGAUUUUGGCAGCCAGGCACACAAUAUGUCCUGUACCCCUGUAAUAGUCAUCUAUCCUAGGGCUGCGCUUGUUCCCAUUAUUUAAAUAAAACUGUAACAAUAGGAUUUCAACAAUAUAGAAUUCUAAAAUCUUUCUUGCAGAAAAUAUAUCGCCACAAUAUUGUCUACAUGUGCUGUGUUGUCACACCAACGUCAGUCACACCAACGUCAGUCACACCAACGUCAGUCACACCAACGUCAGUCACACCAACGUCAGUCAC